AUGGAUACUAGUAUCACGCUUGCUGUCAAGGCCAUGACCGUGUUCCUCCUAAUAACCUCCAUUUUGGUUGUCAUUGCAAGGGUAAUCACCAAAGCUGUCAUCGUUCGCUCAACAAACCUUGAUGAUUAUCUGAUCGCCUUGUCUUUCCUUUUCAACAUUGGACAAUCAGUGGCCGUGUUUUUCCAGGCUGAGCAUGGCUAUGGGAUGCCAUCCAAAUUAUUGAGCCCGUCAUCGCUGUCCUCCGAACUCAAGUCUGAGUAUACGGCUGCGCUGCUAUACAUUCCAAGCCUGUUGUUUGCAAAACUUGCGGUCCUAGCCCUGGUUAAGACCAUCACACCUAAUCGAUGGGACCGUAGGGCUGCAUAUUCAGUAGCAGCCUUAGUUGUUCUUUGGGCAACAACGGGAGAAUUUGCAGCUGCUUUUAUGUGCCACGUUCCAAACACUUGGGAGUGGCCACACGGGCAGUGCAAUGAUCGCCAUGCUUUCUGGAACUACCUCGAGGUCACAAACAUACUUACCGAUACCGCACUUAUUGCCUUACCGCUGAUCAUGAUCUCGAGGAUACGAACGUCCUUGGCCACAAAGGCGUCUGUCUUUUCAUUUUUUGGCCUUCGUAUCAUAGUCAUCGCAGCUUGUGUGUGCAAGCUCGUCUUUUGGAACAGGACCUCAGACCCGACAGAUCCUACCCUCGAUACUUGGCCGGCCACCAUUUGCACCCAGAUCAUACAGAGCCUGAGUAUAUCUUCCGCCUGUUUCCUCUAUCUCAAACCAUUCCUAGAUAGUGUUCAAUCCGGCUUUAUUCGAAGUGAUGAUCUGCGUCGCCGCGGCAGCGACUAUAAGUCUGGAAGCACUUCCACGGCAAGGAAUGUCUUUUCGGUGGACAGUGUGAGUCGAAGCAAAGUCAUUGGUACGAGACUGCAGUCUUUAAGCAAAACCCAUUAUGCUGCAGAUAUCAAAGGAGGACAUGCAGCGAACAGAGACGACUCGGAGAGUCAGCACAGCCGCACUCAGAUCAUUAAAGAGACGAGGACGUUUGCCGUAGAGACAUUCCCAGAUGUUCACGAUACUUCACCAUACCGCUCCAAUGAUGUGUAG